CUCUAUGAUCUGAGCUCAGUUUGCCCAAUCAGUGAAAUUUAAUAUUUUAUAGGUUAGGAUUUUCCAUAAAAUAAUUUGAGUAUAAAGUUGAAUAGGUACGACUCAAUAAAAUUGUUAUUACAAAAAUGGAUUCUUUAUCUACCGGGUCAUUAAGCGGAGCGCAAAAAGAAGAGUUGAUGGACCAGGUCAAGCAACAAAUCGCGAUAGCCAAUGCACAAGAACUCCUGACUAAAAUGUCUGAGAAAUGUUUUAAAAAGUGUAUCAAUAAACCUGGAACAGCUUUAGACAAUUCAGAACAAAAAUGCAUAGCAAUGUGCAUGGACCGAUACAUGGAUUCUUGGAAUCUUGUCUCCCGAACUUACAGCAGUCGAAUCCAAAGAGAAAGAAACAACAUGUAAAACUUCGUUACGAAGUGUUAAGCUUACGCUGUGUUGUAAAUAUAGAGAUUGUAGUAAAGGGCAUGUUAAAAUUGUGAGUUGCGUCUAAUACUUGUUGUGUUUAAUAAAAAAUGUUUUAGGUUA